AUGAAUGAACCCCCAACAUGUCAUGACGUCGCCCGUGUUGAUGCAGUCAGGGUUUCUGCGAAUAAGCAGAGCAACGUUGAUGGAGUUUCCAAUGGGGAUGGUGCGCCGAAACAAACUUUUGGAAAUUUACGAUUCAGGCACGGUUCAUCUGCUAGGUAUGAUUCGUAUUUUGCCAAGGAUCAACCAUGGGUGAAAAUCUCAGGGAAAAUAUGCUCCGAGUUUGUGGAAGAACUCCCUGAAUUAGAGGAGAUAUAUUCAGGAAAUCCGAACGCCAGAGCCGUUGGAGUUUCAGAUGCUGCUACGUCACAGAGUCGACCGACGGAAUCGCCGACGGCCUCAGCGGCAGUGGACUCGAUUGCUUCGGAGGACCAAACCUUCGCUGCUCGAUCUUCCUCCAGGACGCCUCAAUCCCUUUUCUCGGAUAUCACAACGCCUGCCAAGAGGCGUCGAACCAAUGAGAGUGACAGGGCCUCCUUUCACUCGAUUGGGCAAACUGCGUCUAUUUUAUCAUACCAUGAGAGGACGCAUAGUUUUGAAGACCCCGUGAUCAGACAGGACGACGCCAUUGACUCCCUUCUACGAGCCGCCGAUUUCUCUGAGCAUAGAUCUCAUCAAAUAGGCCCACUUGGCUCUCCAUCCCAGAGCCAAAUACGAGCCUACGCUGAAGACCAAAAUGACACACCACGACCGUGGCCGCACGUGAAUAUCCAAGAAGCUUGCCUGAUGAGAUACUUUAUUGAUAAACUAGCAUGCUGGUUUGACCUCUGCGAUCCAGAACGGCAUUUUGCUCUUGUAGUCCCGCAAAGGGCCAAGCACUGUCCAGCGUUGCUUAAUGCCAUCUAUACGGCUUCGGCGAGACACCUUUGCCGUCUUGACAAGUACAAGAAGGGGAAUGUAGUGGAGUAUAUGGAGAAACGACUUACUGACCUGCACAUUGAGACAGCCGUUGAAUAUCACAGUCGAUGCAUCGAGCACCUAGUUGCCGUUUCGGGUGACCCUGAGGCAGUUUUUGAUGAAAAUCUCCUGGUGGCCUCGAUCAUCUUACGGUUCUAUGAGGAAGUUGACGCACCUUUAAAUGGGGGAGACUGGGAGACAGGACUCCAAGGGACAGGGGUAUUCAUUGAAGCACAAGCAUCCUCAGUAUCUCAAAGUAGUCUUCGCCGUGCCGCAUUUCGCGUAGCAUACCGCCAAGAGGUUUACAUCGCUUUUAUUAGACAGCGCCCUUUCCGUCUGCCUUUGAAUUGCGAUGAUUAUCGAUCCCUUGAACCAGCUGAUGAUCAUACUUGGGCUCACCGUGUAAUAGUACACUGUGCGGAUGUUCUGAGAUAUUGUUAUGGCGAAGAUCGCUCGAACAAUGAUGAUUACUAUGAACUAGUAGAGUACUAUCAUGGCUGGGAUAGCCUGAGACCGAAGUCUUUUGAGCCGAUCUUUGAAAGGCCGCCCGAUAUUGACAGGGGAGAGGUGUAUCCAGAAUUAUGGUUUCUUUCGGAUUGCCACGUCCAACACUUUGAUCUCUCCAAGAUCCUCCUCAAAGUCUACGACCCCCGAAUUCCCCGUCUCGGCCCAUCCCAUCGGGCAGCAACUAGACAGGUCGAGGUUGAAGUGAAUGAAAUAGUAAAACGCCUUUGUGGUGUAGCAUUAUCUAAUCGACGGGCGCCUCCUACUAUGAAUACCGCUUGUAUAGCUAUUGCAAUCUGUGGCGACCAAUUUACGGAAUUGAGGGAACAGCAAAGCAUUUUGGAUGUGUUGGUGUACACUGAUACCAAACAUGGGUGGCCGACGAAAGAGAUUCAGGAUAGGUUGAAAAAUGCUUGGGGCUGGCCAAAGGGUAGAUGA